CACUUUCAUUUUGCCAUGCAUGUGCCUUUUUUAAAUGACCGUAAAUUCCUUGCGGAACCAUUCAUCGUUGGGCUACUGCACCCAGACGGACAUGUUUUUGCGACACACUUGUUCGCAGACGCAACGUUUGAAAUGGCUGUCACCCUUCACACAGAUCUAGGAGAGAUUAAAAUUGAAUUGUUUUGUGAGCGCACACCGAGAACAUGUGAGAACUUUCUUGCUUUGUGUGCCAGUGGGUUCUACAACGGCUGCGUCUUCCACCGAAACAUUAAAGGUUUCAUGGUUCAAACUGGAGAUCCGACAGGCACAGGUAAAGGAGGAACAAGUAUAUGGGGUCGCAAAUUUGAAGAUGAGUACAGUGAACACCUGAAACAUAAUGUAAGAGGAGUGGUCUCAAUGGCAAACAAUGGCCCCAACACAAAUGGCUCCCAGUUUUUCUUCACAUAUGCCAAACAGCCCCAUCUGGACAUGAAGUACACAGUGUUUGGAAAGAUUAUCGAUGGCCUGGAAACACUGGAUGAACUGGAGAAACUGCCUGUCAACGAAAAGACGUUCCGACCACUGACUGAAACUCGGAUAAAGGACGUGACCAUUCAUGCCAACCCUUUUGCAGGAUAGACUGCUGUCUCUUCAAAUAUGCAGAUAGGCCUUCAACACAGGGCGUGGAGAUUGAUAUUUCCAAUAAGCCGAUUCAUACAGUGUAUAGUACCUUGCCAAAGUUAAAAUGGAUAACUUGUCAGAGGCUAGAAAUUGGAGAGAAAUUCCCCAGACAUCAACACUGAACAGGACACUGACUGAAGUCAUUUGGAUGAAAAAUACCUUAUGGUUUAAAUAAGUCAACACCUUAGUCACUGUCCCUGGAGCGGCGCCAGAUUUUGCAUCCCAAAGCUAAAUUCAGGAGUAUGCUUUCUCCACUUUCUUGAUGUGACAAAGCCUUUGUAAUGAAGAAAUUUAGGUUAUUCUUCACAUAUUCAUCUUCAUGCAAGUCACAAUUUGGUCAAAAAACAAAAUGCGCCUGACUUUGUACAGUACUGCUAUACAGAUUCUGAUCUUUUUUUUUUUUCUGGAUAGGCAAUGUAAAUAAAUUGACAAUGUUGUGUACUGAAUAAAACUUUUAUAAUUGA